ACCCCCAGGUCUGGGAGCGUGCGGCUGGAGAUGGCAGGUGGCGGUGGUCCAGGCUUUAAUGGCAUCAAACGUGCUCAGCGUGUGGCGGGCGCGCGUUUGGCUGCCGCGCCGGGAGGCACGUCGCUUUCGGGAAGGUUCAUCCCAGGCUGGUGUGGUGAUCGGGGCUGAGACCUGCUGAGGGAUAACAAGGUGGUGCAGCGCAGGGAACUCCUCUGACAAGCUGUAAAAAUCAAAUGGCGCUUGACUUCACUAGCAAAAGAAGGACAAGGGGAAGGUGUUGGAACUGCAAACAUGGAAACUUGCUGUGCUGAAUGCAACCAAUAAAGUGAGUUUUGGUCUGCAGAACAUUUGCUGCCAUCAGGGUUUCUGUCUGCUGAUGGGGAAGAUGGGGUCUGCCUGUGUUGAAAAGCGAGCGACGAGAAGGGCGAAGCUUUGCUGACGUCUGGGGAGCACGGCCAGUGCCUGGAUGCACUUUGCUGGUGGGGAAGAUACUGUCAGAACUUGUGGGCAGGGGGGGUUUGAGCCAUGGGGCUGCUCUGGGCUUUGCCCUGCGGCGGGGCCGGCUGGCUGCCCUGGCACUGAGACACCAGGGACGUGGGGCCAGGUAUCCGGCCGUGCUGCCAGCCCUGCGCUUCAGCAUCGUCUCGGGGACUUCAGAGAAGGAAAACAAGAAAGUGACUGAAAAGUGUAGCAGUGCUGAUCUUCUAGCCUCAAGAAAAAUAACCUUUCUGUUCUGCUAGAGAUCUCUGGGCUGCGUUUAUACAUGCUGCUUGGAAAGUCUCUUCUACCCCUUGAUUUCUCGCCCAGUUUGAAACAUUUUAUUUGUGUGCGUGCGCUUGCAUCUAUUUUCACUCUGUCUGUGUGUCAUUGUGAAGCAAUGGGCUCAGAACAAGACCCCCCCAAGCAUCUGUAAGUAAUAAUGAGGCGCUUGAUUUCAAACCACAUUUGUGAUCUGGAAGCCCUUCAACUCUCCCAGCUUUCCAAGUGACGAGAAAAAAGCCGAAAGAGGACGGAGCGCGCAAUGGCAGAGAAGUGUGACUGUAUCGCCAGCAUGUAUGGGUACGACCUGGGCUGUCGCUUCGUUAAUUUUCGCCCCUUGGGCUUUGGGGCCAACGGGCUGGUGCUGUCAGCCCUCGACAGCAAGAGCUGCCGCAAAGUGGCAGUGAAGAAGAUCACCAUCGGUGACGCGCGGAGCAUGAAGCACGCUUUCCGGGAGAUCAAAAUCAUCCGCCGCCUGGACCACGAUAACAUCGUGAAGGUGUAUGAGGUGUUGGGGCCGAAGGGGACCAACCUGCGUGGGGAUUUUUUCAAGUUUAACAUGGUGUACAUCGUCCAGGAGUACAUGGAGACUGACCUGGCGCGGCUGCUGGAGCAGGGGAAGCUCGCCGAGGAGCAUGCCAAGCUCUUCAUGUACCAGCUGCUGCGUGGGCUGAAGUACAUCCACUCGGCCAACGUCCUCCACCGCGACCUCAAGCCAGCCAAUAUCUUCAUCAGCACGGAGGACCUGGUGCUGAAGAUCGGCGACUUCGGGCUGGCCAGAAUCGUGGAUCAGCAUUACUCGCACAAGGGUUACCUUUCCGAAGGCUUAGUAACAAAAUGGUAUCGUUCCCCCCGCCUCCUCCUCUCGCCAAACAACUACACCAAAGCCAUCGAUAUGUGGGCAGCCGGCUGCAUCCUGGCCGAGAUGCUGACAGGAAGGAUGCUCUUCGCUGGGGGUCACGAGCUGGAACAGAUGCAACUUAUUCUGGAGACGAUCCCCGUUAUCCACGAGGAGGACAAAGAGGAGCUGCUCAAGGUGAUGCCCACCUUCAUCAACAGCACCUGGGAAGUGAGGAAGCCGCUGCGCAAGCUGCUCCCCGAGGUGGACAGCGAAGCUAUUGAUUUUCUGGAGAAGAUACUGACAUUUAACCCUAUGGAUCGAUUAACGGCUGAGAUGGGUCUGCAGCAUCCUUACAUGAGCCCGUAUUCCUGCCCUGAGGAUGAGCCAGUGUCUCAGCAUCCGUUCCGGAUCGAGGAUGAGAUUGAUGAUGUUUUACUGAUGGAAGCCAACCAGAGCCAGAUGUCUAACUGGGACAGGUAUCACGUAAGCCUCUCCUCCGACUUGGAAUGGAGACACGAUAAAUACCAUGACAUGGAUGAGGUUCAGCGGGAUCCCCGGGCAGGGUCUGAAUCCAUCGCUGAAGAAGCACAAGUCGAUCCACGGAAAUACUCACAAAGCAGCUCGGAAAGGUUCUUGGAGCUCUCCCACUCAUCCAUGGACCGAGUAUUUGAUGCCGAUUGUGGGAAAUCGUGUGAUUACAAAGUGGGGUCGCCCUCCUACUUGGACAAAUUGCUGUGGAGAGACAAUAAGCCUCAUCACUACUCAGAGCCUAAGCUGAUUUUAGAUUUAUCCCACUGGAAAAGAGCAACCAUUGCACCCACAGCUGAGCUGUCCCUGGAAGAAGAACCAUCCAACCUCUUUCUGGAGAUUGCUCAGUGGGUGAAGAGCACGCAGGUGGGUCUUGAGUGUCCCAGUUCUCUUCCAGAGAUUCAGGAACGGAGCCUGCCAUCUUCUCCUCACAAUCUCCACAAAGAACCCACGGAGGUGAACAGUGAAACAGACCCUGAGUUUGACUUGGACGUCUUCAUCUCCAGGGCACUGAAACUUUGCACAAAACCCGAGGAUCUUCCAGACAACAAGCUUAAUGACAUCAACGGGGCCUGCAUACCUGAGCACCCCGGUGAGAUUGUACAAGCAGAGGUGUACCAGAAAGAGCGAUGGUGAGGAACACACACCUGGGAAACCCCACUGUAUCUCCCCCUUCCUCUCUGAUGGUGUGGCCAUUGCCCGGGGCCGAGUGGCUUCUGUCUGUCAUUGAGCAUCUGUUUUUUACACUAUACUGAAUGCCUUUUUCUGAAAAGGCAAGCACAAACCACAUGCCCCUUUUGACGCCUUAGAAAUACCUUUAAGGGAAUCAAGAGGUGAGAAUGAAAUACUGAGUUUCUUAUACUGCCUUAACACUCUUGCCUUGCAAUCUCUGGAACCUGUUUGAAACUUAAAUGUACGAGGGAAAGGUGACAGUACAUGGUAAGUUUACAAACAGAAGUCAAAUCAACUUCUUUUCCUUUCUUUUUCUAUAGCAUCUUAAAAUGAUGAGGACAAAAUCAGAAUUUUCCUUAUGGUCGGAUACCCUCCUGGUUUGAUGGGUUCCCAAAACCCCAAACUCUGAGCUCCUCUGAGGCACCCGUGUGAGUACAGGCGGUACAGAGAGACGCGGUGCCAGGCAGUGUCUGUGGUCAGCCAUCAGUCAGCAGAGAAUGGAGCUAGAGGUAGAGUUUGGCCAUCAGACAGAAAAUAACUCUUCGAGAAUGUUAACGGGGAAGGAAUUCAACCUACAGGAUAUGGGCCACUCGGGAUUUAAUUUUGUUUUUUUUUCUGAUUGGAAGACAAAAUUUGUGCUAAGCAGAUUCUCCUCGUUUGGUUUCUCGCACAUAUUCUCCCUUCUGUUGCACGGGGUAGGUCUGAGCAAUCCGAGCACUCGGGAGGCCCCACACGAUGAUUUUCAGCGUAACAGCCUGGCGCUGCCAGUCCUGCCUGAGGCAGCUGCCCAGCAGACCAGCAACUGGUGGUGGUGGUACGGGCUGGACGGGAGGCGAGAGCUAGAAACAGGGUGUCUCACAGUGUGAUGCUGCCUGGCACCACCAGCUGCACAGACUCAGCAAGGGCACCCACCUUGGCUAAUUAAAAAAGGAAUGGAAGUACUCCUAUUUUACCUUCUGACAAAGAUGCUGUAAGGAAAACAACAGUUCCUGUGGCAUUAGAUUCGUAACUGGCCACUUUGCUUCCAGCUUCUUUGGAAGAUGCUGGUGUCAGCAGGCAACUGAGCGUGGUUUGUAAAUAGACACAAACACAACUGAUCUACUGUAACUUCUGUUUUCAUCCACACUUCUGAGCACCUUAAUAAUUAAUCAGCUAACAAGAGUUUGUAUAUGGAAGAAAUGUUCUAUACUUAUAUUUAAUCCUACUCGGCAGUUUUUUAUCUGUAAAUAGUGUCAUAAAAGCCAGGCUUUGCUUUCCUUGCCAUCGUGUCACUGUGCUCUCCAGCACAGCAGCACUACUUUCAUUUGUAAAGGGGAAACUACUGUACUUAGUAACUCCAAGAUCCGCAUUUAACUAUUGUUCCUGUACAAAUUAUUUCUACCCUUUUAACAAGCAAUCCACUAAAUGUCCUGAGAUGUGAAGAAAACUCAUGUGGGGCUUGGGUGAUAACUAACAGCAGCAUUUACUGUAUUAACCCUUGUUUCUGUUCUGGGUGGGAUCAGGUACGGGUUUAGCUGUAGGAGAGCUUGUGCUAGGCAUUGGCAAGCCCAAAAAUUUGUUCUUAUUGUGAAGAUCUCUGCUUAGGCUGACUGAAACGCCGUUACUCCAGCUGAUAAGCAGCACAGGCUGCCGGCUGCAUGGGUGGGUUGGGGUGGAAGCCCUGGGGCAGGGGUGGAGAAGGCAUCUGGAAGGCAAGGCCGUUGGAGAAGGCAAUUGGAAGGCAAGGCUGUUGGGCUCUGCUCUUUGCUUCGAGUGUUUGGAUGUCCCCCACAGCGGUUUAGAAGGGGGAGACGAGAGAAACAGGGGGUUGGUUUCCAGUGUGUUGCAGAUUAUUGAUAUACCUCAACUUAAGCUCAGCACUUUUCCCGGUGGUGGGAGCAAUUCACACACCGAAGAAGCGGCCGCCCCGGCAGCGGAGCGGAUCCAAAUCCGGCCCUGGCAGCCCACGACCCAGCACCCGUGGUCCUGCUCGGCUUCGCCGUGUGCCCAGCAGCGUCCGGCCAAGGCUGGGAAUGGGGCUGGGAUUGCCGGCGCUCCGGCGAGCGCGUGCCGAGGGAGGGGGAGGCGGCAGCACCCGCGGUUGUGUCCCAUCGCUGCCCGGUGCCACCCCGGGGCGGAGGAGCCGGUAACGCCCCGGUGGGAGAUGCACAAACACUGCCGCCGGAGGCAUCAGCUGAAAAUGAGGAUUUGGGGAGCUGGCGGAGUUUAAACCAGAGGGAUAAGGUCAGCAGUGUGAGAUCUGACGUUUAAAACUCUUUUUCUGACGGAUUCAGCAACUAUUUGCUACCGUUGGGUUAAACACGGAGGUGUGCUGACAUGUGAAAUCAGCGGCGAUCAAACCAUGCCAGCAUUUUCCUCGGCGGACAUCAGUCGCCACAUCCUCUGAAACCAGAAGCCAUUUCCCGUGGGUUGUUAUUUUCGGGCUGAACAUUUUCACCAGAGGCAUGCAGGACUAUUUGCUAUGGCCAUGAAAGUAAUAAUUUUGCUUUUGAAUAUUGUCUUCUAAGGAGGAGUGGGAGUUUGAGGGACCACAGUUAAAGUGUAAUACUAACUUCACAAGAAGCAAACAGAGUGUAUUGCCACCGCUUCAGGUUUUCCAUCUCGGUUCGUGAGCUGUUAUUUGAUGUUGUUCCAAAACUUCGGCGUCACGUGCUGGGAAAGCAAGGGGAUUAAGAGAGGUGGCUUUAAUUUGUUACCUGAGUGUGCUCAGCCAAUCACAAGCCAGACUUAUUUCUCAUCUACAACAAUAAAAUUUAAGGCCUGAGCCUUC